CAACGCAACAGCUUGUGUUCGCUGUUAUGACGAACCCUGAGACAUACAGAACAAAAUCGAUUUUGGGCACCAUGGCCCUCGCAACCGGCACGUCACUACACCAUUGCCAAUAUCAACAGCCCAGCGUCGACGACGACUGCAGCUGCUGAGUGAAGCUGCCACAAGCAGUAGCAGUAGCAGUGACAGCGGCAGUGGCAGCGGCAAAACGUCUGCCAGUUAAGCACAGAACACAGGCACAGAACAACAGUAACAUUUCGGUGGCGUCGUCGAUAUUACUGAAACAACUUGCAAGCGGUCACAACGUAUUCGCCGGGUAGCCGCGUUAGAAUCAUAAACGGACUUUAUAGAAAUAUUUUUACUUGCUUAUUAUAUUCAUUUAAGAGAACUAAAGAGGUAAAGCAUAAUUUGAAUUUAAUUGAAACGUAAUAAUGUUUUAAAAUAUAAAGAAACGACGCUUAUAUACGACAAUAAUCAACGUGAAAAAGUUAAAAUUUCCGAAAAAUAUAUUUUUUUUGUAAAAAUGGAAAUUUUCUCCCUAGUAUGGAUUGGGCAUGGAAUAUAUUUGUGAAGAAAAUAUUAAGUGAAAAUGAUACUUAAAUAAUUAUAGUUAAAACAUGUGGACAUAUAACACAUACAUACAUAUAUAAAAUAAAUUCAAACGGUAAAACACUGACCGCACCAAAUCGAAUCUGUCUAUCGAUGAGUGAAUUUAAAAGUUACUAAUGCCGAAAGGUAAAGUUGCGCAUUUUUAGAGACACAACAUAAAAUGGUUUAUUACCAAUCCACACCAAUGGUAAUUAAAACAGAGAAGCCAAGUCAGGCUCAACUCUGUGCUCAGCUAGAAACAACUACAACAAUUUCUGAGACAACGACAAAUGUCGAAACAUCAUCACCCUUAACCCAUAUACCGCACGAAUAUCAGUUGCAGCAAAGCACUUCGAAUGCAUAUGCUGAUAUCUGUAGUAAAGCCACAAUAAUGCAGAAACGAUCUCACGAAUCCCCCCCAUUGUCUCAUACUAGUAUUAUCCCAAGUUAUACGGUAUCAAUCCCUGUACAUAACUUAUCUACAAAUACAGCGAAUAUUAGUUUACAUGCCAAUAUCAAAACGGAACCUAACAUCGGCGUAUAUGGAGGUUCUUCAUCCGCAACAUCGGCAUAUUCCACAGCCACAACGUUAGAUUUGAAUACUGGCACUGCAAGCGUAUCUGCUCCCGCAGUGGCUAUAAGCCGCAAACCAACUGUAAAUAAGCCACAAUUUAAAUGCGAGCAAUGUGGAAUGACCUUUGGUAGCAAGUCGGCUCAUACUUCGCACACUAAGUCGCAUGCCAAAAGCAUUGAUUUGAGCGGUGGUAUAGCUGCGGGGUCUGCAAGGUUGAGCGAUGUCAGCGAAGCUGGUGUGUCGACGGGCAUUCCAAAGACACCGAAUGUAACUGGAAUUGCCGGAGGAGAUCCGUAUCAGUGCAACGUUUGUCAAAAGACAUUUGCAGUACCCGCAAGGCUGAUACGACAUUAUCGCACGCACACUGGCGAAAGACCUUUUGAAUGCGAAUUUUGUCACAAAUUGUUCAGCGUUAAGGAGAAUCUACAGGUGCAUCGUCGGAUACACACGAAAGAAAGGCCAUACAAAUGUGACGUUUGCGAGCGCGCAUUUGAGCACUCGGGCAAAUUGCAUCGACACAUGCGUAUACAUACCGGCGAGCGACCACAUAAGUGCUCAGUCUGCGAGAAGACUUUCAUUCAAUCCGGGCAAUUGGUUAUUCAUAUGCGAACGCAUACUGGUGAAAAACCAUACAAAUGUCCGGUUGAGGGCUGCGGCAAGGGAUUCACCUGCUCCAAACAGCUGAAAGUACAUUCGCGUACUCACACGGGCGAAAAGCCUUACCAUUGCGAUAUCUGCUUUCGUGAUUUUGGCUACAACCAUGUACUCAAGCUUCACCGAGUGCAGCAUUACGGUUCCAAAUGCUACAAAUGCACAAUUUGCGAUGAGACAUUUAAAAAUAAAAAAGAGAUGGAGGCGCAUAUCAAAGGUCACGCUAAAGAAUUUCCGGAUGAUGAUGACGAAGCCGUAGCGGGGGCAGCGGUUGCUGGCAGUAGUUCUACAUCGAAUAGUUCGAGUGGUGAAGCUAUAUCAGCGCCUGGAUCGCCUUUAUCACCAAUACCAUCUGGCAGUGCAGUCGCCAAGGCGCGUAAAUCUAAAGUGGAGCGUGCACGAGCGCUACCUCUAAAGACAACCGCUUCUAGCUUACGCAAUCCAGCAUCGCCCAGCUCUCCUCGGUCUACACUGUCGCCAAGUUCAUCACGACUUUCUGCGGGCUCACCAGAGUAUUUGACGACAUCAUCUCCAACGCCAUAUACAAUGGAAAUAGACUAUCUUAGUCGGGACGGUGAAGUAGCUAGUACCAGCAAUGAUCACCAAUUAUCAUUAUCCUUACCUGUUGUAAACUCAAAUGGUAACAAUGAACAACAGUCCUGUAAUUCUAUAAAUGAAGAAUUGCCGACAGAUUUAAGCAAACAACAGGUGCAACAUCCAACGCCUAUGAAAUUUUAUCAAAGCGGCCAAAUGCAAAAUGUUUCACCGGCAUACAAUUACCAACAACUGCAGCAUCAAGGAAUGAAAUUAGAACGUUCUGGGAUUGAACCGCCCACGAUCAAUCCUGCUUUACUUGAAGCUGCAUCCAUUGUGAGGCGACGCGAUAUGCUGGAUUCCCCAAACGAGGAGGAAGUUAAAAAGACGGAAACCUCUGUGAAACAAUCACGUUACUCUGAACAACAAAGUGUUCUUCAGCAAAAGCAUACCCCUACUUUAACAGAUACACCUACAACUUCAUACGCGCAACAACGCAUUUCGCUCAGUCAUGAUUUAUCUCAGUACGAUGAUACUCGCGAGGCGAACGAGCUGAUUGAACACUACAAACGGGGCGAACUUGCGCAACAUGGUAUGCAUAAGGGGUACGUGCCGGUGCCUAAAUUUGAACCGUCGCUACUCAAUAACGAGAUUGUUCGCCAAGUGGAAGCUGCAAUAGCGCCCCUGCGCUCUUCAACAGAAUCACCCGAACGUUCGUCAUCUCCCGAGAGUGAUUCCAUGAUGAUGGCCGAUCGUGAUGUGAUGACAUUACCUUUGCGCAAACGUAAGCUUUAUAUGCGCGAAGGAUCGCCCAUCGGGGGAAAAGCUAUACAUGAUGCCGCACGAGAAAUAAAUAAAUCGCUUACCCAUAUCGGUACGACCUCGGCCAAUGGCGAUUCGAAUCAAGCGCAUAGUACCGCUAUAAAUGCCAACAAUGAAACCGGAACGAAAGUGAUGCGUAUGAACUCGGUUAUACAGUUUGCCAAAGCCUCAUAACUUUUAAAACAAUAGGAAUUAGAUUUCAUUCAGAUUGAAACUAAUUUUCUUAUGAAAUCAAUUGAAGACUGUUAAAAUAUUUAUGUAUUUAAUGCUGCGAAAUUAUAUUGCUGAUUUGAAAUACAAGUAUGUUGCGCUAGACUAAAAAGAAUAUUAGAUGUUAAUAUUUAGUUUGGAAUUUGUGUUAGCAUUAAUUUUGCCAAGAGUAUUAUUUUAGAAAUUGAAAUAUUAUUUAGAUAAUGUGUUUCGGCACAUAACAUACUUACAUUUAUACAAACAUAUGUAUGUAUAAACAUGAAUAAGUACAUAAGUACAUACAUAUGUACAUAUAUAUUUCGAAAUCAUGUUCAAUUAAAGCGAAAAAAGUACUAGUUAUUUCCACGAACAUGGAGUAUAGAUGGGAAAAUGUGUGCUUGGAUUUAAUUAGCGUUAGCAUUAGGAAAUACUUACAUACAUACAUAAUAUAUUACCGUAGUCAAUACAUAAGUAUUUAGUUUAAUUUAUGUAAAUAUUUAAAAAUAUGAAAGCUAUAGCAAAAAGAAGUUUUAGGAAAAAUGUAUAUAGGUACAUAUAAUUUAAAAUCAGUUUUCUGAAUAUUUUUAUGGCAAUAAUAAGUUAGUUUUGCAUACUGGGAACGGAGGGAAAAUUGGGAACGGGCUGCUUGAAAAAUUCGUGGAAUUAUAUGUUGCUAAUUUAUCGUGGUUAAUACUUCAUUUAUGUUUUUAUGUGCAAAUAUGCAGGAUCUAGAAAUAAAAACAAUUUAGCAUGCCAGUGAACUGUAAAGAUAUACACAUAGAACACAUACAUAUAUAUAGUGUCGGACAAAACAUAUUGAACUAAGUAUUAAUAUAAAAUUAUUGCCAUAUAACUUUAAAAAUUGAGCAAAUAAAAUUAAACAAACCCCUUAAGACUAAGUUUAAUAAAUAUUCUUCAUAAUCGAUUACGAUUUUUUUGCGCUACAAAACAUAUUAGACUCGUUGCAAUUUAUUAUAGGAAUCGGUGAAAAUACCGUUAUUUAUACACGAUUGGGCGAUUUGAUGGAGCUCACGUAAGUGUAAAAGUUGUGAAGCAUUUACAUUUUUUAAUACUUCCUUAAAAAUCUAGUAAAAAAUGGUUACUGUUAAGGGGUUAUAUGCAGUUAGAAGGCCGAAAAAAGCGAAUUUUCCAGAAUUUUUUCUGCGAAAACUUUUAAAUUUAUUGAUCUAAAAAUUUGUACACACUUAACUGUAUUUUAAGACUUAGUAUUAGUAAAAAUAUUUAUUUUUUAGUUUCUUUUCUCAUGCAAAUGCCAAAAAUGGUGAUAUUUGGAAAUGAUUGUAUGGGGAACCCCCCAGGGGAGUUCCAGGGGGUGUGCCACUGGCAUGGGUGGAUCGGCCGUCCAAAGUUAGUGGGGGUCGGUCAUACAUUUGGACUCGAUUGGAGCACUCUAAAUGGGUCCAAGUGGGAUUUUUCGUUCGACCCAAUUUGGGGGACAUCAGAAUUCGUUUUAGAGGUAUGGUUCCUUCGGCAAAGUUUCUUAUUUUGAUCCCUAGAAUACGAUUUUCACAGAGCAAUGAGCGAUUUCUAAAUCGACCCGCCCUAAUGUAUGUAUAUGUACUUAUAUAUGUAUGUAUACAUAACAAAUGUAUUUCGUAGAUUGUCCUUUCUGGUAAUACAUAAGAAAUUUGAAUUUGUAGCAACAAAGAACUAUGCAAAAUACUUCUGUGAGCCACUGUAUCUCGUUAAAAAUAAUGAUUAUAGCUGUAAAAUAUUAAAUAAUUAAUAUUAAAAUUAAAUAAUAAUUAGUCCAAUAUGUUUUGUCGCAGCGAAUAUUGAAUAUGUGCAAUUUUUUUUUUGUAUUGUUUUUUUGUUAAUGUCACAAAGUAAAACCAAUUCUACGAUUGUUUAUGUUUUCUUAAAAUAACUAUUUAAUUUAUUUAUUUGUGAAUAAUUUUAGUAUAUUCAGAAUAUUUGUCAGGGCAAAAGAUGAUAGUAUCAAUAAUAGGCACCAGUCCAAUAUGUAUUGCCCGACGCUUUAUAUGUACCUAUGCAUACACACAUGCAUAUGUAUUUAUUUAUGUACAUAUGUAUGUACAUAUUUCUUUUGCGAUGAACGAAAGAUUUAUAUUUUGUAUUAAUAAGUGUAAGUAUGUACAUACAUAUAUAUGUACAUACCUAUGUAUGUAGUUUUGUCCUUGCGAUAUGAGCAUACAUUUCUCAGCAAUACAUAACAUACUUAUUCAUACAAACAUACAUAUGUAUGUAUGUGUGGGUGUGUGUGUGCAAGUCAAAGGCGCAAAAAGCCAUAAGUGUAGCCCCCACGUGGGUCUGAGAGAAAAUUAUACGAUUUUAUUCAAUCAACACAAAUGUAUACAUUUUUUCCAAAGAUGUAUCCAAAGUCUUAUGUUACAUAAUUACGUUUUUAAGUCCCAUAAACGGUAUUUCAAAACAAUAGUAGUAAACAAAUCUACCCAUUCAUUGGUAUAAAUAUUAGCUUAAGCGAAAUUAUAAACAAUUGAUGACCAUAUUGGUUCGAAAAAUCGAAAAUAUGUAAAGUAACAUGCAUACAUACACACAAGGAGUUUAACUUAAGAGAAGAAAGAAUACAAAUAUGUAAGUAUAUGUGUGUGAAUAAAACGCUACUCUCGUCUGCUGCUAUUUACAUAUGUAUGUAUGUCUAUGAAAAUGAUUUACAAGGUCUUUUUUUUUGUUGAUAUUGGGGCUUGUUCGAGGCAGGUAAUAAAAGCAGCAGUACUGGAGCAUUCUAAAGGUUACAAAUGCAAAGCUGAUACUUUUCUAAUGCUCGCCACUUACUAUCUUACAUACUAUGUAAAUAUGUAUGUAUGUAGGUAAAGAUGAAUAGGGAAAUAAAAAUAAUGGAGUUUUCUAUCCAUAAAUAUUUCCUUUGAUAAUUUCGAUAUUGACUGUAAUUUACUAUUGAAAAUGGCAUUAAGAACAAAACAAUCGUUCAAACAAAAUUUUUAUGAUGCUGGUUUAAAGAAAGUUUGCGCGCAACAAUUGUCGAAUUUUUGACUAUUAGGCCGCUAUACUUUUGUCAACGUUGCCCGUAUUUCGAAUCGAACGUGGAACUUUAAAUACAUAAUCGUGCAACACAGCGGUUGUGAUAGCACUAAAUAUUUCAUAAUGUAAAAGUAAACAAAGCCCAACAUUUUUUUGGACUGAAGCAGAAAAGAUAUUAGCAGAAAACACAUCAUAUACAUACAUACAUACAUACUUUUUUAACGCCAGAAUGACUAAAAAAAUUUAAUACAAAGAAAUUUCACGGAAUCAAUUUUCGCGAAAAUGCAAACAAUUACAAAGAUAAACGUAUAAAAUAAUGAUGUUGAAACCGAAAAAUUUUACAAGAACUUUUUAUACGUGAUUACAUUUAAAGCCACAUAAUCAAAUACAUACUGAUUUAUACAAAUAAUCUAUGAAUAAGUUGAA